GAGGCGAGCGGACUGCGAUAUAGUUUGUGUAUUCGGUGAUUUCCACUUGCUCUGCAUAAACUUUAAGGACUGAUUCGAGAUUCGAAAAGAGUUGUGAAUUCUCAGCAUUCAGCGCAAGCGGACCUAUUGGCUGAUACGAUGGAGAGGCUUGUUAAAGCAUCGCCAAGCAGCCACCGUCACAUCAAAGAAAAGGGACUAAUGUUAGAGGAAGUAUCUGACACAGACACAAAUGGCUGGUCAUGGAGUCCAUCAGCGACCAGGUUGUCAUGCUCCUUCUUCCCCCGAGGCUGGUCUUGGAGUCCAGUCGCAGGACGCGAGUCGGGCGAGCAGCCCAACUGUUGGUCAUGGAGUCCGUACCUCAAACGCACGCGCCAGAAGUUACGUAUGAAGUGGUCGUGGAGUCCUCAUACCAUAGACAUGCCGACGCAAGUGGCAGCUUUCGAAGCUCUAAGAAGGUCGUCUCCAGCACGCAGGAUGAAUCGCUUUAAAUUGCCGAAGCAUUGCGGGGAGGAAAGGCCACUUCAUGGAAACACGCCCUUUGAGCAAAAUGGUUCACGGCGGUUGCGGAUGCAUGUGCCAUGCAAUGGUGAUGAUGUGCAUGAUUUUGCAUCAGUGACAGGUUUGCACUCAGCUCGAGUACAAAAUUGUCAUAGCCCACCCUUGUUUUUCAAAGAACUAAACGUCAAAACAUUUGAGGAUGGUCUCAGUAAAGUCACUGAUGAGUUAACUGUUUCUUCAGAUUGCAAUGUUCCCCAAACUACAUACAGUUUACAGAAUUUCGAAAAUAUAGUUAAGAUUGAAAAAGUAAAUGAAGUGAUGUCUUGUACUUCAGAUCCAUCACCUGAUGCAGAUGGAAAUGAAUCGUUCGUUGCCGAUGGAACGCCACCAGAUGGCACUGACGACUGGCAUUCUCCACCAGUCCUGGCUGCCACGACUCCACAUGCUGGAGGCUCCGGUGUUGUAGGUGAUGACGCAUCUAUAUCAUUCACUACAGAUGGUACUGAUCAAAGCAAUACAUUAGGACUAAUAAAUAACUCAAAGGAUUCUAACAGUGAUGUAAAGCAAUGUGUGUGUACUAUCACUGAAAUAAAUGUUAAGUACAAUUAUUCGUCACGUCUGGUUAACAGUGAAAACAAUAUGAAUGCCGAGGAUCACUGUCGUGAAAGUAGCAGUAAUCUCUGUAAUAAAACUGGUGAAGCAGAAAUUUGUGUGAUCAAAGACAUGAUAACAAUUAAUGCUGACACUCCAGCUCCCCUUAGUGUGAGUUGUAACGUGAGCAGAAAGUGUAAAGUCAACGCCAAUGCUGAUAGAGAAAUUAAUUCAACCGAGGCAAUUUGUACUGAGAAAGCUGAAGGAUCAGUCUCACUUGUGAACACAGCUAACAACACGGAAGAGGUUGAUGUUUCACCAGAUACAGAAAAUGAGGAAUCGGCAAUUGAUAAUGAAAGUAAUGAGGCAAGACAAAUUAGCGAUAAAAUAGUAUGUGAUGAAGAUAAUGAUUUAUUGGGACUAAAUGUUACUGAUAAUACUGCAGGUGAAACACUUGUUGAAAUGCGGGAAGAAAAUGAGGCAGUAGUUGAAGAGCACAGGGUGUUGGGCGAUUCAUCGUCACCAAGUGGCGAUGAUGAAAUGCAAGUUGAUACAUUAACAACCAAUAUUCCGGGACAAGUUGAUGUUUCAGAUAAUUCAUCGCCACUAGACGAAUUUGAGGAGUCAAAAAAUGGAAAUUUACAAGUGGUUGAUGAUGAAGGAAGCAAGAAGCUGAUCAAUACAACAGAUGAAACUGUAGACGUUUUGCCAACAGAAAACAGCGUUAAGCAAAUUGCAAUCGAUCGUUCGUCAGAAAUUGCUGAAGAUGAUGCAAGAAGCAAAAGCUUGGACACUUCAACAGUAACAGAUAUCCCUGUUAAAGGAACAAGCGAGGACGAUCCAAAUGACUUACCGAAGGGCGAGUGUGGGCUUCAUGCACCUGUACCAAGUACUACAGAAGACAGUGUAUACAGUUUCGAUGAUCAGAGAGAGAAGUUACCUCUUUCACUAAAUGAAAAUUCAACAGAUAAAACGCAUGAAGAUAAUGACAAAACACAUGGUAUUAUUGAUACAAUAGCUACUCAAAGGACAAUAAACAUGCAUCCCGAAGAUGCAUCCGAAACUACCAUACUUUGUAAUUCAUUGAUGAAUAAAACGCACGAUAUUGAACCUAGUUGCCAAACACCAGUCGAUUCACAAAGGAUGAGUUGUGAAAAUGAAAACAAAGAAAUUUCUUCUGAUAAGCGCAGCACAUUUGAAAUGAAUUACAAAUUUCACUCAGAAAGAAAACUGUGGGAUGUACCUUUGAAAGACGCAAGCAAAAGCAUGGAUAUAAAGAAUGCUGACAGUUCUCUGUUUUUCGUAAGUAGUGAGACGGUUAAUAGCAACCUAGCAGGCUCCUCAGAGGAUCAUGCACACCCUGGAAAUCCCACGAAAAGCGUAAAUAACUCUGGGUCGGUUGUUUCCAGUGACAAAUAUGUAGAUGAAGGAACAUUUGAUAAUUGCCUUUCAAAACCGGCCUCUGCAUUUGGAGGAUACGAGUGCAGUGACUUUGCUAAUGACAUCAAAGUGUCGGACAUGUCGCAAGAAGUUGAUGCUAUGACUUUUCAGGGUUUGAGUGAUGUGUCUGCAUUAGAAGCGAUGGGAGGAGAAUGGUCACCCGGCGGUAGUUUUCCAGUCUUGACAAGUCAACUAUCUUUAGCUGUAAAUUAUAGGGAAAGUGAUAGUUCUACCUUACGUAAUGCAUAUAGUACCCCAUCAAAGACCAGCCAUAAUAUUUCUGAAUCCGGUAACAGGUUCCUAGACUUGGAAGAGCAAACUUGGAAUCCAAAGUCUGUAUUAGCAGAAUUUAGAUCCAGGAGUGCAUCACCAACAGAAGUUAGAUCCAGGAUGACAUCCCAGUGCAUCACCAACCACGAGUGCAUCAGAAGUUAG